UCCUCCUUCCCCUGCUCUUUCCUCCACUUCCCCCGCCCCACUAAGAUGACGUUCCAUCUGAGUUCCUUCAAUAGACUGUUGAACAAGAUAUGGAAAAUGGUUCAGUAAAUCUGAUGUGUUUAGAGGAAUUUGUUGGAGAAAAUGGAAUCUAGAAAAUACAACUCCUUAACUACAGGAAAGAACCAUGGACCAAUAAUAAUAACACUUGAGUGUUUUUUUUAAAGUAAGCUUAAUCUUAAUAGUAAUUAAUCAAAAAUAUCUUUCAUUGCACCUGUGCAUACGUGCUGUGAAAUCCAAGUUUGUCAUAAUGUACAACUACAUACACUCAUUUGCCACUUUGAGUUACAGGAGUGGAAUGUGUGAUUUUCUGCUGCUGUAUCCCAUCCGCUUCAAGGUUUAACACGUUUGUGUUCAGAGAUGUUCUUCUGUAUAUUACCAUGUAAUGUGUGGUUAUUUGAGUUACUGUGGCCUUCCUGUCAGUUUCAACCAGUUUGGCCGUUCUCCUCUGACCUCCUUCAUUAACAAGGCAUUUUUGCCCACAGAACUGCCACUCACUGGAUGUUUUGCUCUUUGCACCAUUCUCUGUAAACUUUCGAGACUGUUGUGCGUGAAAAUAGCAGGAAAUCAUCAGUUUCUGAGAUAAUCAAACCACCCUGGCUAGCACCAACAAUCAUUCCAUGGUAAAAGUCACUCAGAUCACAUUUCUUCCCCAAUUUGAUAUUUAGUCUGAACAGCAACAGAAUCUCUUGAUCAUGUCUGCAUGCUUUUAUACAUUGAGUCGCUGCCACAUGAUUGGUUAAUUAGAUAUUUGCAUUAACAAACAGGUAUACAGAUGUACCUAAUAAAGUGGUUACUGUGUAUGUGGACAGGUGCAGUAAAAUCUUGCUUGCAGCAGCACAUAGCAUCAUAUAAGCAACACAGACAAGAAAAAUCUUAAACAUAUACAGUACACAAAUUUUACCAGAAAGAACAUGAUUAGAACAAAAACCACAACUUUUUUUGGUACAAAGUGAUCAAAGUAGUCAUUGUGUUGCCAAACUGUAGUGAUAGGUUUUGGCAGUUGGUACAGGAACUGAAUGGUUGAAGGGAAAUAGAUGUUCUUGAACCUGGUGGUGUGGGACUUAUGGCUUCUGAACCUCCUUCCCAGUGUAGCUGUGAAAAAAAUGGUAUGGCCAGAUGGUGAAGAUCUUUGGUGAUAGAUCUGUAUUUGUGCAUAUGGCAAUAAACUCAGCUUUGGCUUUGAUUUUGGGUAAGUGGUAAGAGAAAUACAGAGGACCUUCUUCACCCAGAGAAUGGUGUGCAGCUGGAAUGCACUGUCAGUAAGAGUAGUCGAAGACGAGUCAUUAACAACGUUUAAGUGGAGUCCAGAGGAGCACUUGAAUCACACAUACAUUGAAGGAUAUUGGCCAAAUGCUGAAAGCUGGGAUGAAUGUGAAUAGGUGGAUGUGAUGGGCUAACUGGCCUGUUUCCAUGGUGUGUGACAUGUGUGGCUUACUGUUUAAAUCUGCUCUUGCUCUACCAAGCUUGUUUUUCCUAACUGUGGCUCAAUCCUGUCCAUCAAACCAGUCUCUUCCCUCUCAAAUCAGUGACAUUUCUGAUGUCUUCCACCAUGUUGACAAUUUUGAAUUCUGUGGCCCCAGCUGGCCCAGCUUCAUCAUGGUUGUUCAUUCCCCUUAUGAAAGUCAUUCUGAGCAAGAGUCAUUGACCCAAGACCUUAAAUGGGGUCUCUUGACACAGAUGUUGCCACACAAUUUUGUUUCAGGUUCCAGCAUAUACAAUUUUAUUUGCUUUCAAUUUAAUCCAAUUUGCCACUUUCUCUUGGAUGCUGUGAGCUUUCACUUUUCUGAUCAAUUGUCAAAACACCUUGAAACAUUGUCAAUUGCAUUUCUACAUCCUUCCUCUGACAAAUCUAUGCUAUUGUCCUUUAUGAAUCUGAGAUUAUCUAAGUGUUGAUUUUUCUGUCCCAAUAAUUUACCCUUCAUCAAUAUCAGUCUGUUGGUCUGUGGUUAUUCCAUUCCUUGCUCUUUUAAACAAUUAUAUGAACAUCAGUGGUCUUUCAUUCCUCCAGCACACCCUGCCUGAGACAGAGCACGGGAAAGUAAUAUUUGAGUCUGCAUUAUUUUGAAGACUAUGCCUUAUCGGAAUUGCCCUACAAUAACUGGAAGGAAACCUAAUUACUAGCAUCCUGCCUAUAUGUUGUUUUUCUCUUGACUGUGACACAAACAUAGGAAAAACAAAUUAUAGCCAGUAAACUGGCUUUUUGUUUUUCUGAGAUUUGGAACAUUAUUGAGACUACUUGCAGCAGGAUGCCAGUGUUGUAUACUUCAUUUCACUUUUAGUGAGCAGUUGUCUUGUUUUUCUAAAUGGACUGAACCAUUGUAGGGAAGAAUCUUGGAGUUUUCAUUUUUUAAAUCCAAGUACAUGCUGAGACAAAAUCCAGACUUCUCAAGCUCAGUGGGAGCAUGCAGUCGGAUGAGGGAACAGAGUGGCUUCUUGAACUCCUCACAGAGGUGCAGUUGCAACAGUAUUUCCUUCGCAUCCGUGAUGAUCUCAAUGUUACCCGGCUCUCUCACUUUGACUAUGUGAAAAAUGAGGAUCUUGAAAAAAUUGGAAUGGGCCGUCCUGGCCAGAGGCGACUAUGGGAAGCUGUAAAACGAAGGCGGGCCAUUUGCAAGCGCAAAUCCUGGAUGAGCAAGGUGUUUAGUGGAAAGCGACCAGAGUCAGAAUUCCAACCUCAGCCAGGAACAACAUUUCGCAAAUUACCAACUCCUCCACCACCACCGCCACCUGAAGGGAAUCAGUCACUGACCUGUUUGAUUAGUGAGAAAGAUCUAACACUUCAUGAGAAACUGGGUGAUGGAUCCUUUGGAGUAGUCAGACGGGGUGACUGGCAGUCACCUUCUGGUAAAGUUAUGAACGUGGCUGUGAAGUGCUUGAAAACAGAUGUAUUAAAUCAACCCGAUGCGCUAGAUGAUUUUAUACGAGAAGUCAAUGCCAUGCAUUUUCUGGAUCAUCUCAAUCUUAUCCGUCUAUAUGGCGUAGUUCUAACCCAUCCAAUGAAAAUGGUUACUGAACUGGCUCCACUUGGUUCUUUACUGGAUCGCCUGAGAAAAAACCAAGGCUACUUUCUCAUUUCAACACUAUGCCAGUAUGCAGUACAGAUAGCAAAUGGUAUGGCUUACCUUGAGUCUAAACGCUUCAUUCAUCGAGACCUGGCAGCUAGAAAUAUCUUACUGGCCUCAAAUGAGUUGGUGAAAAUUGGAGAUUUUGGACUCAUGAGAGCUCUUCCACAAAAUGAUGAUCAUUAUGUCAUGCAGGAACAUCGCAAGGUUCCUUUUGCCUGGUGUGCUCCUGAAAGUCUGAAAACUCGAACAUUCUCACAUGCCAGUGAUACCUGGAUGUUUGGUGUCACUCUGUGGGAGAUGUAUACAUAUGGUCAAGAGCCUUGGGUAGGCCUCAAUGGGAGUCAGAUUUUGCAUAAAAUUGAUAAAGAGGGUGAGCGGUUGCAAAGACCCGAAGACUGUCCACAGGAUAUUUAUAAUGUGAUGCUGCAGUGCUGGGCGCACAAACCCGAGGACAGACCAACGUUCGUGGCACUCCGAGAUUUUCUGAUUGAGGCACAGCCUACGGACAUGCGAGCACUGCAGGACUUCAGUGAACUCGACAAACUGCAGAUUCAGAUGAAUGAUGUUAUCACAGUCAUCGAGGGCAGGGCUGAAAAUUAUUGGUGGAGAGGUCAGAACAAGCGCACACUGAAGGUGGGACAGUUCCCACGAAAUACAGUGACUUCCGUCGCAGGCCUUUCAGCCCAUGACAUCAGCCAUCCACUCAAGAACAGCUUUAUUCACACGGGGCAUGGAGAUACCAAACUUGAGCGUUGCUGGGGCUUUCCUGACAAAAUAGAUGAAUUGUACCUGGGCAAUCCUAUGGAUCCUCCAGAUGUACUUGGACUGGAUAUGAAGAUGACCAGGCCAACACAGCUACCAGGAAGAUCAAAGAAGGAGCCUCCUCCACGUCCUCCUCAACCAACAAUCUUCGGCAAGAGUAAGUUGCGGCAUUUUCUCCAGUUUAAAAGAUGUUCCUGCCCUCUCUGUUCCAUUUUAGCCCCUCUUUUCAAAGAGCCUGUCUAUGACCCUGUGAUUGAGGAGGAAACUGCAGGUUCUUUACCUCUAAAAAAGCUCAGCCUCAAGAAACAGGGCCCAGCAAAGUCUUUAAAACUCAACAAACCUGCUGCUCGUGUUUCUGCCACAAAGCUAGGUGAGAAGCCAUCAGAAUGGAGUAAAUCCUUGGGUCAUACAAACAAUGAGGUGGCUUUGAUUGAUUUUGGGGAUGAUCAGACAGGUCACACUCCAUCCCCAGUACUGGAAAAUACUAUUCCUACACUGGCUAAGCUAGUAUUGAACUCAUACUCACUGCUGGACAAGACACCACCUCAGAGUCCAACCAGAACUCUGCCUAGACCUUUGCACCCUGUUCCUAUAGUUGACUGGGAUUCUAAACCCUUGCCUCCACCUCCAGCCUAUGAUGAUGUUGCUCAGGAUGAAGAUGAUUUUGAAGUUUCAUCCAUUAAUAGUCUGGAUACUGAAUUAAUUGGUGAACGGUCAAAAUACGGAACGCUUCAGUUGCCAAGAAAUCAAGAAUCAGGAGAAACUAAUUAUGCAUUUGUACAUGAUUCAGAUGGAAAAGGAAAAUCCAAAGUGGAGGAUAAUCUGUUCCUUCCACCAAAGCAGAUGAAGCAAACUACCUUUUCUCAGUCAGCUGAAAUAUUUGAGGAACUACAACAAGAAUGCAUGAAAAGACUUAAUGUUCCUAUUAUUUCAACUCCAGCCUCCUCACCAACUCCCAUCUCUUUGUCAGCAAAUGUAUCUCCAACAACUUUAGAUGAUAAACCUCAGAUCCCACCACGGAUUCCCAUUCCUCCACGGCCUUUAAGAAGAAAUGAGCCGGGCCGUUGGUCUGGUGAGUUGUCACCUGCUUCUGGAGGAGAAGAGGAUAAGCCUCCACAAAUUCCUCCCAGGGAUCCAUUGUCCCAGCCAUCCUCAAGAACUCCAAGCCCUAUGGCAAUUCCAGCAAGUUCUCCACAGCAAAGGACAACUGCAGCUUCCAUGACAACAUUAACUGUGGGUGCAUAUCUCUCAACAUCUCCUAGCAAGUUAAUGCCCACCACUCAGAGCUUUGCCUCUGAUCCAAAAUAUGCUUCACCAAAAGUUAUUCAAGCACAAGGAAAAGAUACCUCGAAAGGACCUUGCAUCUUGCCGAUAGUAAAGGAUGGCAAGAAGGUCAGCAACACCCAUUAUUAUUUGCUUCCAGAGAGACCUUCUUACUUAGAUAAAUAUGAAAAAUUUUUCAAAGAGGCUGAAUGUGUGGAUGACCUCUGUUCCAAAAGAUCUGUGACUACAGCAACAGUAAGGCCAAUGGUACAACAUCCUGAAUACAAGGCCAACUUUUCAUCCAACAAUAGCAAUACAUGUGCUGGGCUUGCAGCAAUGAGAAGUUCUCAUAGUCUACAAAAAAUCUCUUUUGAGAGUCCCAGUGGGAAGACAGACUGUUUUACUCCAACGGAGAAAAUUAAAAUUGUUCAGGAGAAUGUUCAUGGCGUUACGAUGGAGGAAUGUCAGACUGCGCUUCAGAACCACACCUGGAACGUUCAAAAAGCCAUACAGUACCUCAAGGUUGAGCAACUAUUCUGUCUUGGGUUGAAGACAAGAAGCGAAUGUCAGAAGAUUCUAGAAAUGUUUGACUGGAAUCUGGAAUUAGCCAGUUGCCACCUGCUAGACACGUACAGUGCAGCUCGACAUAGGCGAUGACAGGCUUCACAGUGGAGGAAAAGAACUUGUCACACAUUGGGUAAUUGCUCCAAUGUUUUCAGAAUUGUGGAAACAGUCGUUCACUGGACAGAAUUUUCAGAUCAUUUUCUGUGAAGCAAAGAAUAUUCAAAUGACUGUCUUAACUAACUCUGGCACUAUUUGUGCAUUGUGGUCCUGCUGGUAGGUGGGAUUCCACUUCUCGAUAGCAGUAUUCUUCAAAAGCAACAGGUUGUUUGUUCUUGGUGAAAAGAUAAUUGUAAUUUUGUGGCAUACAGUAAUCCCAACAGCCUUCUGUAUAUAAAUAUAAAAUAUAUAUAAUAUAAAUUUUAUUUGACAAGUUGAUAGUAGAUUGCAGUUGUGUUUAUAUUUUGCAUUGAAUUUGUCACAUUGAUGUUCUAAUAAUUAUUUAAGUUGUUUUCCUAAAAGACGUUUGAAUGAGUUUAACAUUCUGAAUUUCCUAUCCAGGUAAAGUUUAGCCAUUUUAGAUUUCUCCAAGAAUGCAGUUUUUGAAAGUUUAUUAGCAUGACUUUUUACUGAUUAAGACCUGGUAUGAAGUUAGUCAUGUUAAAUCUGUCAAAGUACUUGUCCUCUUCUGUGAUAUGGUACAUUUAAGUGCCCCCUGCCUGUAGUACGGUUCUCAUCAAAUUAAGAACACAAUAUUGAGUUUUGGGAUUGACCAUAAUCUUUAUCACUAUGAGCAUAAGGUUUAACAUUGCUGAAAUUGUAACAUAAUACCCAGGAUACCUUGAUAUACACUCAUUUUCAAAUAAAGUCCUGAUGAGCUCUGUUAGUUCACUAUGUGAAGAAUAGUUAUUGCCAAUAGCAAAGGAAGUAAUGAAGUAAAGAGAGGAAUGGAUUCAAGUUGUGUGGCCGCUACAGAAAUGAAACUACUUUCUGAACCGUGGUCUUGCAAAUGUAAAAACUGUUUGGGAUUAUAUAUCGAUACUGGAUUUUACUGGAUUUCCCACUAGGAUAAGAUGAUACAGCACAAAAAAUGGGGAACAUUGGGGUGUGUAAAUUAGGAGGUAAUAGAUUUUAUCCAUUUUGCAAGUAAAUUGAAGAUGUUUAAACUGAUGUCAACCAAGUUUGGGGAGAAUUGUAGCUUCUGAUCAUACAGUAAAAUGUACUUUUUUCAUAAAAACAAUGUCAUUGUGGUGAUAUUUUGACACUCCAAAAAAGUACAAACGAAACUUUUUUUCAUCAUCAAUCCAUUUCUCUAUACCUCUUUGGGUUUCAAUGUUAUCAAAUCAGUCAUCUAGUCCUUUCACAUAGAUUAAGUGGCUUGUUGGCAUUAGUUUGUAGUUUCCAUUAAUUAUUCAAAAUAAUCUUUUCAUUUUGAGAUGAGCUUCAUAUCCAUUAUCUCAUUUAAAGCCUUUUGCUUUUAUCUUUGGAGUUGCCCUUUCUGACUGUCUAUUCCUGAAUCUUUUCUAUGUGGUUGCCAUUUCCGGUCAUGGAUACUUUAGCACUCAUUAACCUCCCAAAAAACCUAUUUUCCAUAAACUAUAAUGAAUUUCAAACUCUGCUAUUAGUAUUCUAUCUUCCACACAUCUGAUUCAUAUGCUAUGUGCCAACUUUGUCCUUUCUUCCAGUAUAGCUACCUUUCAUAAGGUUCCUUUAAUCUAUUAGGCUUUCAAUAUUAUUCUACUCUAUUUUUUAUUUUAAAAAGAUAUGAAGCAGCUUUAAUUAUUUAUCCUCAGGAUCCAGAUUACAUUCAGUGCUUUGGCACCCUCUAUAAAUGUUACAAUAACAAAGGGUUUUAUGGAAUUUCCCCAAUGUUUAAAUUUGAUAGCUGUACCAAAUUAAAAAGGUAGAUAAUUAAGAGAGACCUUAAUUCUGGACUAUAUAACUUGGGAUCAUUAUCCAUUGUUAGGAAACUAUAAGAACCAGUCAGUUCAUCAGGCUCCUGUUUUGAAACUCAGAGAUUGAAAUAAGAAAUUGGAUGGAUCAUUCUCGAGACUUUUCAGGUUCUAAUGUUCGCCUGUCAGGUUCUACUCAUAACUGAAAGAUCAGAAGAAAAACAGACUUCUACUGAAGUUUUACUUUGAGUUUGUUUCAGUCCAUUCCAGAUGGUAGCUGGACCAAAAUGUCAAUUCCAUUGUAACACAACAGUAAGCCUGGAGAAUGGCUAAUCUAUCUGCGGAUUUCUGACCAUGUUUUCUGAUUAGUCCAGUGUCACCCUCUGGUAAAAGUGAGUGCAUUAUCUGCAAGUUUGAACAAAAUUUUAGAAUAUUUUAUAAAUGGAGACUAUGUGGUAAUCUAUUCUUCCUGAGGACUACAGUAACCCUUGUUCAUCGGAAACAAAAUUAGAACAGCAUUGCAUCCUUAUUUAUUCAAAUAUGUUAUUUAUUACAAUAUUUUGAUAAUGUAAUUUUAUAAAAGCUAUUAUUAAUAACUGAUGUCAAGUUAUUCCAUAAUUUGUGAAAGAAAGUUAUUGCAUCAUGACAAAGCCUUGGUGAGGAAGCAAUAUUUAACUCAAUUACUCUUUAGUCUAAAAUUCCCAAGUGAUUCUUUGAGUUUAAGUGCCAUGACCAAAGGCAGUCUGGAUCAGAGAAAGGAGGUUGAAACAUCACAUGGUCAGUCUUUCUAAUGUUCCUUCUGAAUUGCACUUUCUCACUUUCCCCUACUUCCGGUGAAACCUACUUUGUGCCACAUGCUUUAGCCAGGUCAGGUAGGGCUAGCAUUUUCCUCACAUUCACUGUUAUUGUAUAAUCCUACCCAGAGGUGAAAUACACUUAUGCACAGAGUAGUGCUUGCCUGAGAAUUUUUUUAAAAAGUAAAUCAUUUAGUCUGGUUUGUUUGUGUUAAUAGCAUCAAUCAUCUUUGAGCCUCAGAUAUGCCACCUAAUGGUCUGAUCAGAAAAAUCAUUUAGAAAAUGGCUUUCACAUUUGAAUCAAUUAUUCAGUUGUUUAAAUGACCAAUUCAAUGCUUUAAUGCAGAGAUGCGAUCUGUACCAUUUAAGCAUGGACAUCAUGUGGGUGGGGAGGGGUUUCUGUGAAAAUGAACACUGCACAUUUGUAUAAAGUUUAUUUUUCAAUCUGUUUUGUAGAAUUCAGUUGGUGCAUGUCUUGUACUCAGCAUUUCUUGGAUUGCAACAUUGUCAUAAUGCUACACUUGGAAAAAAAAGUAGUGUUAACUCAGGUCUUGUUGAAUCCUUGUAAAACGAAAAAUAAAAGUUAUUGUACUGAAAUGUGAGCUAAUUCCCUCUAUUAUAAGAGAAACUGUCCCUUUUUUUGAGUUCUGUGAAUAUUUGUAAAGUGUUCAUGAAUUUCUAUUUGUGGUUAACUACAAUUUCAGUGUAGUAUUCAUCUACAUAAAACCAGUGAGUAUAAUUAAAUGGGGCCACUAGUACAUUGCUGCUAUGUUUCUCCCAUUUUACCUCUCUUUGUAUUGUGUUUUUCACAGGUCUACGUGGAUACAAAAAGUCUAAUCGGCCCUAAUAAACCUUGAUGUAUUCAGACACAAGUAAUAAUCAAAAAUUGUGUAACAAAACCUGUAACAUUGAUAUUAAUAUAAAAAAAUUCUUCUGCAUAACUGAUUAUGUCACUAUUAAUCACAGUACCACUACUUCUUUCCUUUAGCCCAAAAGCAGUGAUAAUAUUACACUCAGACAAUGUAUUCCUGUUAGGAUGUUCUGAGAAACUGCACAAUUAUUUUUAAAAGCUAACUUGUAGACAGUCAAAUCUGGAACCCUCGAUAAUGUGAACAAGGAAAGGGAGUAAAUAGUUUUUUGCUGCACAGCAUAACUAAUCCGAGGAGAAUCUAUGACAUGGUGAGAAACACAGCAA